CGCCGCUCGGGGAGGAUGGACAGCCUGCCGCACGCGUGACAUGUGGGCCAUAAUGGUGGAUAGGUAGAGCAACACUCUCCAGCUCUGAGACAGUUGAGCGAUUCCCAGUCGCCGUCGACGACUCUUCGACCUCCGCCGGACGCGCCCGCCACCUCGGACGGAACGACGCCACGGGACCGCGGAAAAAUGCCGAAUAUCAAAAUAUUCAGCGGGAGCUCACAUCCGGACCUGUCGCAGAAAAUAGCAGACCGCCUGGGUCUCGAGCUUGGGAAGGUUGUCACGAAGAAAUUCAGCAACCAGGAGACGUGCGUGGAGAUCGGGGAGAGCGUGCGUGGGGAGGAUGUCUACAUCGUGCAGAGUGGCUGUGGCGAGAUCAACGACAACUUGAUGGAGCUGCUGAUCAUGAUAAACGCCUGCAAGAUCGCCUCGGCCUCCAGGGUCACCGCUGUCAUCCCCUGCUUCCCCUACGCCCGGCAAGACAAGAAGGACAAGGUGGGGAGCCGUGCCCCUAUCUCUGCCAAGUUGGUGGCCAACAUGUUGUCAGUCUCAGGCGCCGACCAUAUCAUCACCAUGGACUUGCACGCCUCACAGAUACAGGGAUUCUUUGAUAUCCCAGUUGAUAACUUGUAUGCAGAGCCAGCCGUGCUGAAAUGGAUCAGGGAGAACAUCCUUGAAUGGAAAAAUUGUGUCAUUGUCUCACCGGAUGCCGGAGGAGCCAAAAGGGUCACCUCUAUAGCCGACCGGCUGAACGUGGACUUUGCUCUUAUUCACAAGGAGAGGAAAAAAGCCAACGAGGUAGACCGCAUGGUUCUCGUCGGAGAUGUGAAGGAUCGGGUUGCCAUUCUAGUUGAUGACAUGGCAGACACAUGUGGCACAGUCUGCCAUGCUGCUGACAAACUAAUUUCUGCCGGUGCCACCAAGGUUUAUGCUAUCCUUACCCAUGGCAUCUUCUCUGGCCCAGCUAUCUCACGUAUCAACAAUGCCUGCUUUGAAGCAGUGGUUGUCACCAAUACGAUCCCUCAGGAGGAGAAGAUGAAACACUGUCCCAAAAUUCAGGUCAUUGACAUCUCCAUGAUCCUUGCAGAGGCCAUCCGUAGAACUCACAACGGCGAGUCGGUGUCGUACCUGUUCAGCCAUGUCCCCUUGUAACAAGUGGUAUAUAAACGUUUGUGCUGUUACACCAAAUAAGAGGGAGUUGCCCCAACCAUAACACAACCAUUAUCAAAGAUGUUCAGCUACCUAACCAUAAAAAAAGAAAAAAUAAUGAAAAGGAAUUAUUUUGUUCGGUUAAGUCUGUUACUAAUGCUGACCCCUCUCCCUUGAGUUCCUUUGGCCUAUGAGGAGUGUCCCUUUGUGUGCGGGGCACAAGCUUAUUUAUUGUACAUUGAUGAAUAUGUUUAUCCAAGACAAACUUUGUCUGCUUUAUAACAUAAGUCAGAGUUUCUCCUGACCAUUUCUUCCUCUCAGGGAGUCCCUUCAGUCUGUUGUCAAAGAGCUCGUAUCAUUAUACCCGACAGGUCCCAGUGGUCAGGAGAAUCAUUUGGCAAAUAAGCUGUUACAGUGUUUUUUGUUUCUAUGAAAGAGUGUAGUUUUUCAUGUUGCUCUUAUAUCUUCUGCUGAUUACAAUAUAAUGAAGUGAAUGUGUACUGAACUAGUUUACAGUGCCACUGAAGCUCCACUCAACCAAGAGUGCCUCAACAGCCUGAAAUGAAGUUAUGUUGUCCACUUGUCUUUCACCCUCCCUCAACCACAGAUUCAUCUUUAUUUUGUCACUGAAUGAAGAGCGUGCACGUUUCCAAACAGGCUGGAGACGUUUGGGGAUGUUUAUUUCAGCUCUUGAGGUGCCCUCAUCGAGUGGGGUUUGCCCAGUGUCCAGGAUUUAUCCUUUCUAUAGAGAAGCUGUCAGGUUUUUAGCUUGGGGUCUCUGCGGGCUGGAGCUUCCUUCAGAAAUUUCACCUGCUUUUUUCUUCUCUCUCUCUCCCUGUGUAUUUUUUAUGUCAGGAGGAAGGUUUUGUCAUUAAUGUGCAUAUUCUAAGUGUUUGUGUUUACUUUUCAGUAGGAUGAAUGCGCCAGAUAUCUGAGGGUGUGUUCUUAAUAAAAUUGAAUAUGCAUAAAAUCUUAA